AAAAGGAGGAACACAGUCAAAAUUGUGUCACUCAUGUCAAUCUUGCCAUGCUAUGUCAGAUCAUCUGAAAAUAUGUGUGAAAAGUAACUACACGAUCCAAUAUAACCUGCGAGGACCCCAGUAAGGUGCCCACAAACCAUCAAACUUGACAGUUUAAUUGUCCAACGACUCGUAUAAAAGUUUGCAACGAUUGGAUUAAUAUAACACAAUUGAGUAUGGCCUGGCUCUCAGGACUUGCAGGAAAAGCGGAAAAUCUCCUUAACAAAAUCGAUCAGAAUACUGCAGCAGUGUUGAGCAAGGAGAAACAAGAAUCAGAACCUCACUCCCUGUUGACGGAGGUGACGUGGGUUCCCCCUGAUUCCGGUAUACCGACCAAACCGAUGAUCACGUCUUCUUCAACCUCUCCUCUACGCUCAACUGUUCCUCAUGUACGUUCAACACCAAAUCUGAGGACUUUAACACCCUCAAAAUCUAAAGUUGCUCGAGAUGAAGAGCUGAUCACGUUUCUAAAUACGCCCACUACAACGCCAACCAAAAUUCUGAGCAUCGACCAUGUUACGGCUCCAGCAACGCCUCUGUCAAUCUGUGUCGAACCGCCAACUGACAACACCGAUUCGAUAUCCGAAGUAUCAAUAAGGAGUGGUCAGAUCAGCCCGGUCAUUUCCCAUGCCUCUAUUGAUGUGCCUGAAAACAAUUUAGUCGAUACAAAAAAUAAUCAUCUCGAUCUGGAAACUCAAAAUAUAAUUUUAAAAAAUGAAAUUGAGGCCUUAAACUAUGAGCUAAAUCUCGUCACGCACAGGGCUCAUUCUUCUGAAAGUGAGUGCAACGAGUUACGUCACAGCUUAGGAAUUCUUCAACAAGAUUUCGAGCGCCAGUUUAACAGCCAAGAGUUGAAGAAUGAGACUCUCAUUAAAUUUUCCAAAGAUUCAGAUUUGCGAAAGGAUUUAAAAUCUGCGCAGAAAAAUUUGGAGGAAAAAGAUGAGCUGCUCGACAAACAGCAAACGGAUCAUCAGAAAGAAAUUCAUUUGUUGGAAGAAAAAUUGAUUUGCUCAGAGAAUGAACGGGCGGAGAUUACUAAACAAUUGACCGAAUCUCAAUCGGUGUUGGAGAGAAUUAGAUUAGAGUUGUCUUCAACUAGAUCGGAGCUGGAACAGCACAGAGCUAGAGCACUAAAGACACUACAGGAAAAAGAGAAACUGAUUGCAGAGCUCAGAGGAAAUGCUAUCACUGGAUUAGAUGAUGCGACUCUCAUGGAAUUGGACCAAAUUAGGCAAGAGCGUGAAGCUUUGAGGGAAGAAAACCAACAGUUGUGUGACCAGCUACGAAUAGCACGGGAAGAAUUAAUAAAUGCAGACACUAAAUUGGAGCAAAGUAGGCAAGACACUGCCAUCGCAGCGGUACAAGCUCAGGAGACACUUGCAUUAGAAAGAAAUCGACGUCUGGCUAUCGAAGAGGAUUCACGGCAUCAUUCCGAGGAACUCAGGACCCUCCAGGAGGAAAUAUCUCGUCAACGCAGUGCUCUAGCUUCGAAGUUACAAAAGCAAGAGACAGAAAUUUCGAGGCUUAAGUCGCAGCUCUCAGCUGCUUCGACACCCAGCAGUGAAGUUGAAUCAAGAUUAUCCGCACUGACGCAAACCCUUGUGCUUAAGCAACAAGCGUUAGAGAGCUUGACCACGGAAAGAAACGCCCUGCGAUUGCAGCUUGAAAAAAUUGAGCACCAGCACAGAGAUGUCAUUGGAAAUCUGAGGAAAAAUAUACCUUAUGACAACAUUAAUGACACGGAUGAUGCCAAAGCACAAGUACCAUCAUUUUUGCUAGAGACGCCUUUCGAUACUGGCGUUGCCAGGCGUGUAAAAAGAGCUUAUUCAUCUCUGGACGCCGUUAGCGUUCGUACGGGAGUAUUUUUGAGACGUUAUCCACUCGCAAGGAUUCUGGUGCUCGUUUAUAUGGUACUUCUUCACUUCUGGGUCCUUGUUGUCCUAUUUUCACAUUCCCCAGAAGCACAUUGAUCUCAUGCUAUAAAACUCGAACUUCUGAUUCAGGAUGGAAUCUGA